UUUUCUCUCUCUUUUUCUUUUUCUUUCCCUCUUAUUUUAACAAAAUGUCAGGCAUUAGUUACAGGCCACCUAAUUUAUUACAUUUACCACUUGAAGUUUUAUUAAAGAUUGCCGAGUUUUUAAGCUUUGCUGAUCUUUGGUAUUUGGCCAUUUGUUCACAUCAUUGUAAAGCUAUUGCCCAUCAAAUCAUUUGGCACCGAUACCGCAUCGAUUUAUCAAAGAAACAACUUCCUGCUUUUGAACUCACAGUCCACGCAGCACUAGCCUAUGUGAGCAGACACGGCUAUAAAGCUAAUAAUAGCAUUGAUCAUACCAUCAUUCAAAGCGUAGCCAAUAGACUUGUUGUCGAGAUUUACGAUAGAACACCACUUAAAAAUUGGCAGCAUAGUCUAGAUUUCCUUCUGGACAAGACACUUGGCAUCAUUAUUGAUCAUGUGUUUCUUGACCCUUUAUUAGACAUUGUUCCAAAGCAUUCUUCUUACAACAACAACACCAAGGCACCUUACCCUUUGCUUUCGUCAGAAUUUCACCCUACUCGUAUGGGUCGAUUAAUAACCAACUUUUUAACCACCAUGUUUCCUACCAUGAUGGCAUUGUUUGAGACUGAACCUACAACAGAAAUCCAUCACAGACUUUUAGUCAAUCAUAUCAAUCGACAUUUGGACAACUUGACCAGUCGCUAUCACAGUCAUCAUAAACGCAGCCUCCUGCUUAUUACAUCUCCAGGCUCUGCGCGAUCUGCAACUGUUGCAUCUACGAUACACCAACACAACCAACUUUUACGCCUCAACUUUCGAAUCCUUAUUCGGUUAAUUGGUACACUGGUCCAAACUGACCUGCUGUCUGCAAAUGACCUAGACAUCAUCACUCGUCAGCGUGUCCAGUUUUUUUUUCUGACGUCUUCAUCAGAAGAUGAUUAUCCUCGCAAAAAGAGAACAAGAUAUACUCGCAAGAUACAAAAAGAAGACCAAGUGGCACUUUAUGAAUCACUCAAAAACCAUGCAACUCAAUAUUGCUGGCAAAUGUGGUUGGAAGAAAUCGAGUUUCAAAUGGAAAUCUUUCUAGAUCUUACAAGAGCAGUCUUACUGUUACAAGAACAAACGUCUCAGUCUAGAACAGACUUGAAUGUGGUCUCUACCUUACUUGACAAUACUGUCUCGGCCCUGAUUACCACACGAUCAAAUGAAAACUCCAUCCAACCCAACUCAACAGCCACUGUUUAAUAUGAUGUAUAUUUUAUGUAAAUUCCUUGUAUAAUUGUAAAUAAGCCAUAUAAUCACUUAAUAAAAUAAUAACAAUAAUUUAUCUUGUC